CACACACACACUUUAUGCUUCAUUUAUGCCCAAAAUAUUUUCAUGGUCUAUUAAAUGCAAGUUUUUUUUUUUAUUCUUUUAUUAAAUAAAAUUUAUAAACAAAGCAAACAAAAAAAUCUGUCAGUUAACCUAGUUUUUGACAGUUAAUUCAGUUUGGCGAUGCCUACGCCGGUAAGUGCGGCCAGGCAAUGUUUGACUGCGGAAUCGGCUCACGCGCUGGACGAGGCGGUGAGCGUGGCGAGACGAAGGGGACACUCACAAACGACGUCGCUUCACGCGGUCUCUGCCAUCUUUUCCUUGCCUGCGUCGAUCCUACGCGACGCCUGUGCGCGUGCUCGGAGCGCUGCCUACUCGCCUCGUCUUCAAUUCAAGGCACUGGAGCUCUGCCUCAGCGUGUCACUCGACAGAGUCUCGUCCAGUCAACUCAGCGGCGACCCGCCCGUGUCGAAUUCGCUGAUGGCUGCCAUCAAACGCUCUCAAGCAAACCAGAGGCGGCACCCCGACAACUUCCAUUUGUACCACCAAAUAUCUCAGAACCAGAGCGCCAUGUCCUGCAUAAAAGUCGAGCUACAACACUUGGUUCUGUCGAUUCUAGAUGACCCGGUUGUUAGUCGGGUCUUCGGAGAAGCGGGUUUCCGGAGCUCCGAAAUCAAGCUCGCCAUUCUCCGCCCACUGCCUCAGCAGCUCUUCAAAUACCCUCGCUCUAGAAUCCCGCCGUUGUUUCUCUGCAACUUGACUGACAAUCCGGAUCCGGGUCCAAUCCGACGAGGUGCCAGUUUCUCGUUCUCGGGUUUCCCCAAUUUUCUGGAGGGAGACGAGAAUUGUAAGAGAAUUACAGAGGUUUUGGGGAGGCCUAAGGAAAGGAAUCCUCUGCUUGUGGGUUUAUACGCUCAUGAUGCACUUGCAACCUUCGUUGAUGUCAUUGAAAGAAAGAAGAAUAAUACUUCUAUUUUGCCAAUAGUAUUAUCUGGGUCAUGCGUAAUCUCCAUUGGAAAGGACAUAUCGAAGCUCAUAGAUGAAAAUUCUGACAGGAGGACAGUAGACAUGAAAUUUGAGGAACUGAGUCGGUUAGUGGAUCGGAAUUCGGGUCCUGGAUUGAUACUAAAUUAUGGGGAUUUGGACUCAUUUUUUAGUUCUGAUAACAAUGGAGCUUCGAGUGGUGAAGUAGUAAACUAUAUAGUUGCUCAUUUGACAAGGUUAUUGCAACUUCAUAACAAGGUGUGGUUGAUUGGUGCCACAGUAAGCUAUGAGCCUUAUUUGAAGUGUCUGAGUAGGUUUCCUUCUAUAGAGAAAGACUGGGAUAUGCAGGUCCUCCCCAUCAACUCUCUGAAGCCAUCAUUGCCUUCAUCGUAUCCCAAAUCCAGCCUGAUGGGCUCUUUUGUACCUUUUGGCGGGUUCUUUUCAUCCCCUUCCGACUCAAGAUGCUCACUAAGCACAUCAUACCAGUGCCUAAGCCGUUGUCGUCAAUGCGAUGAGAGGUGUGCGCAAGAAGUAAUUUCUAUUUCUAAGGAAGGAACAACCGCUUCUGUGUCAGAUCAUUACCAAUCUAGCUUGUCUUCUUGCUUGCAUAUGGCUGAGAUCAGCACAGACAAGAGAUUGGAUUUGAUCAAAGAUGAUGGGAUGGUGUUAAGUACCAAAGUUGCAGGAGCUGAAAGGAAAUGGGAUGAUAUAUGCUGGCGCCUUCAUCACACUCGACCACCUGAGCGAAACAUCAACUCCACCCAGUUUCCAACUGCUGUGGGCUUUCAGGUUGCUGAAGACAAAAUUAAAAAUUGUGAUGGCAGCAUCAAUAAUUGCGUGGAAGUGAGUUCAAGCAUCCAAAUGGAUUUGCAGAAGAAUUCUAAAGUACGGUCAGAUGUUCCUGCAUUUUCCAAGCCCAAGAAUGAGAAUUUCCUGUCCAUGAGUUGGGAAAGACCUUUCACAGCAGAAGAUAUUGGAUCAAGCAGCCGCAAAUCUCCUUGCAGUUUGUCCAAUUCAAGCAUUGGUGAUGGUUUCCUAACAUCUCCUCCAUCUUUGACUUCUGUGACCACAGACUUGGGUCUAGGAAUAACAUGUCGCACUGCUACAAGUAAUGAAUUCAGGAAAUCAGAGGAACAAAAUAGUAUGAAAUUUACACAGAAGUCAUCGGGCUGCUUUUCUGCAAAUGUUGACAUCGGCAAUGGGACUAUUUCUGAUGAUCAUGCUCGGUUUUCAUCCUCCUCAUGUCCAGACUCUUAUGGGCAGUUUGAUCCAAACAAUUUCAAAAUGCUCUACAAAGCUGUAACUGAAAGAGUUGGGUGGCAAGAUGAGGCUGUACAUAUUAUUUGCCAAACUGUAGUUCAGUGCAGGGAAAGAAAUGAAACACGGCGAGGGACUAAUCCAAGACGGGAUAUAUGGUUCAAUUUUGCUGGACCUGAUCCGUGUGGCAAAAGGAAAAUUGCUGCUUCCCUUGCAGAAUUGAUAUAUGGAAGCAGGGAAUAUUUAGUCCUCGCAGAUCUAAGUUCUAGCUAUGAUGCGAGGUUCAGAGGGAAGACCGCCAUUGAUUACAUUGCUGAGGAGUUGGGCAAGAAGGGCUUUGCCAUUGUAUUUCUUGAAUCUGUAGAUAAGGCCGAUUUGGUGGUUCAGAGUAGUUUGUCCCAGGCUCUUUGGAGUGGUAAAUUUCCGGAUUCUUAUGGAAGGGAAGUCAGCACCACUAAUGCAAUAUUUGUGAUUACUUCAACAGCAGUCGACACUAGAAUAGUUUCUUCUCCGGAGAAGCCACCCACAUACUCGGAGGAAAAAAUACUGGGAGCAAAGGCCUGGCUGAUGAUGAUGUUGAAUGAAGACACAGUUCAGGGAGAUACCAGCCAAAAUCUGGUUAUGUCCUUCACAGUGAGAAAAGGAUGCCCUGUCGUUGCAAACAAAAGGAAGCUGUUUCGUAGGACUGAAAUUAUAGAGCAGAAUGAUGUUCCAGAUUUUGUGAAACGGGUUAAUAAGACAUCAAUAAAGAACCUAGACCUGAAUAUCCCCUCUGGAGAGACCGAGAUGCAAGAAAUUAACGAGGAAAAUACUUACUGUGCCUCCAUGUCUGACAACUCUAAGGCUUGGUUGCAAGAUUUCCUUGACUGGGUAGAUAAAACAGUGGUUUUCAAGCCCUUUGAUUUUGAUGGACUUGCAAACAACCUGUUGGCUAAGAUCAGUAACUCCUUCCACAGCAUUGUUGGCUCGGAGUGUAUGCUGGAAAUCGAGUCAAAGGUCACGGAACAAUUACUUGCUGCUGCAUACUUUUGUGAAAGAAAUGAAGUUGUGGAAAAUUGGGUGGAGCAAGUUCUUAGCAGGGGAUUUAUGGAAGUGCAGAAAAGGUACAAUCUUGAUUCUAAUUCUGUGGUUAAACUAGUUUGUCAUGAAGGCCAUGGCUCAGACGACGAGCAAAUGCCGAAAGUCUACCUUCCUUUAAAAAUCCUUCUGAACUAAAUAUGGUUGAAGAGUUUGUUAUUGUAGUUAUAUGUACAACUUAAUCUUCUGUAUCUAGUGAAAUCCAUUUUAGCCUGUUAAUCCCCAUGGUUUCACUGGGUUUUUGCAGGUUUAGAUGAGGAUUUGUUAUGAUAUAUAGAUAAUCUCUGGUCGGUGAAUGCCUGAUAUAAGGUUGGAUAGUUUGUAUGUACCAAUAGUCGUGCUUCCGGAAAAAAAAAAAUCUGUAUUCCAUAAUGCAAUGGUGUCUGCAAAGCGGCAGCAAAGACCCAGCUUUGUUCAUGUAAAAGCUGCUGGUUAAGUGGACGAGUCCAGUUAGUUUCCAUGUCUGAAUGUCUUUUUUUAAUGAACCUUUUAUGUUACUU